UUUAAAUAUUUUUAUUUAAAAAAUAAAAAAAAGUCAUAAUUUGUCCAAUUUUGGCUUGAGAUCUUCCAAUUAGGGCAGAUGGCGGGAGCGACUUCGUCUUGUAUCUUCUGUCAAAUUGCCCAUAAUUCCACUUCGACCACUCUCCUUCACUCUGAUGACAGAGUGGUCGCAUUUCAAGAUAUCAGACCUGCCGCUUUCAGGCAUUACUUGGUGAUUCCUGUGGAGCACAUUUCAACUGUCAAGGAUCUUCAGAGGAGAGAAGAAGAUUAUGCAUUGGUAAAUCACAUGUUAAUUGUGGGGAAAAUGCUAUUAAACCGAGACGCUCCUCAAUCUAAACAGUACAGGUUUGGUUUUCAUCAGCCUCCAUUGAACAGUGUAAACCAUCUGCACCUCCAUUGUUUGGCAUUACCCUUCAUACCCAAAUGGAAACAUGUAAAAUACAUGUCUUUAGGACCGAUUGGGUUUAUUGAAGCUGAGAAGUUGCUGCAGAAGAUAAAGCCCGCAUAACUCAUACUGCAUAGGUUUUUCCAUUGACCGAUAUCGUCCAUCAUUUAAUAUAUACUAAUCUGCAAUCAUCAUUGGUUCUCCUGCUUCAGUUGCAGUAUCAUUUCAUUUUAUACAAGGAUUCUCCAGUUUGAAGUUUAGUGGAUGGUGUUGCCCACUACAAAAGUUGAAGUGAUGGUGUAUCAGUAUCCCAGCUUUUUAAUAUAAAAUUGACUUGGUCAGUUCUAGUUUUUAUUUUGUGAACCAUUUGCAUCCAUCAAAUGGUUGGAAUUUAGUUUUUGACUGAUACCAAAGUUCAAGUCAACUCCAUCCUAUUCAUAUUUUGUUGUUGGGCAUAUUUAGGCCUAGGUGCUAUUUAGUCCACCAUUCUAUCACCAAGUGAACCAAAUACACAAGGUAUAGACUUAAUCAUUUUUUGGAUAACUUCUAUCUCCAAAACCUUGUGCGUACCAUAUUUAUCUACUACUAACUUUUUUUCCUUAGAUGUUUUUGUAUCACAUUUGAAUAUUUUCCUGCUUUAGGUUAGGUAUUUAGAUUGACUCAUAUAACAUAACUUUAAUUCCAAAAGUAUUUGCAAAGAAGCAAACUCAGAUGAAGUUAACAUGAACUUUUGCUCACCCGCUGAUUCUUCAACAUCAGUCGGUUCGGACCUCCACUUAGUUUCACCCAAGCUUCAUCCUGGUCAUGGACCUUGGGGAUGCCAAAAAAAUUGCAAGUUUCUUUUUUUUUUUUUUUUUGA